GCAGGGAGGAGGCUGCACGAGAGAGGCCCGGAGGAGAGCUCCAGCGGGGAGGCUGAGGGACCGGCUGGCAGGUGGCGACGGCGGAGAGCGGCGCCUCAUAGCAAGCGGCGCCGCCUCACACGGACGUCGCCGCGGCCUACUGAGGGGAGCGUGCGUGCCGGCUUAUACUCGCCGACGAGGGUCGCCUCCGCCCGGGGGGUUUCCUCCUCCUCCUGCAGGCCGGCUCGGCUCCUGCCCGGGCCUGAGGGAGGCGUGGCGAAGCAAGCGCUGAAGAGCUUUAUUUCAAGAACCUGUCGAAACAGAAACAAAAGCGAGUAAUGGAGAAGCAUGGGAACAACCGGAAGCUCCGGGUUUGUGUUGCUACUUGCAAUCGGGCUGAUUACUCCAAGUUGGCCCCGAUCAUGUUUGGCAUUAAAGCGGAACCGCAGUUCUUUGAGCUGGAUGUUGUGGUUCUGGGAUCUCACCUAAUAGAUGACUACGGUAACACUUACCGUAUGAUUGAGCAAGACGAUUUUGACAUCCACACCAGACUGCACACAAUAGUGCGAGGAGAAGAUGAGGCAGCCAUGGUGGAGUCUGUGGGUCUGGCCUUAGUCAAGCUCCCGGAUGUACUCAACCGCCUGAAACCCGACAUCAUGAUCGUCCACGGUGACAGAUUUGAUGCUCUGGCACUGGCGACAUCUGCAGCCCUAAUGAACAUUCGGAUUCUUCACAUUGAAGGUGGAGAAGUUAGUGGGACCAUUGAUGACUCCAUUAGGCACGCGAUAACCAAGUUAGCUCAUUACCAUGUGUGUUGCACGAGAAGUGCCGAGCAGCACUUGAUAUCCAUGUGUGAAGAUCAUGACCGUAUCCUCCUGGCAGGCUGUCCUUCGUACGAUAAGCUGCUGUCUGCCAAAAAUAAGGACUACAUGAGCGUUAUCCGCAUGUGGAUAGGUGAGGAUGUGAAACCAAAAGAUUACAUAGUUGCUUUACAGCAUCCUGUGACCACAGACAUUAAACAUUCCAUAAAGAUGUUUGAACUGACAUUAGAUGCCCUUAUCUCCUUCAACAAGAAGACCUUGGUUUUAUUCCCAAAUAUUGAUGCUGGGAGCAAAGAAAUGGUUCGUGUAAUGAGGAAGAAGGGUGUUGAGCAUCACCCAAAUUUUCGAGCAGUAAAGCAUGUUCCAUUUGACCAGUUCAUUCAGCUUGUGGCUCAUGCUGGUUGUGUGAUUGGAAACAGCAGUUGUGGUGUGCGAGAAGUUGGGGCGUUUGGAACCCCUGUCAUCAAUCUGGGAACACGCCAGAUAGGGAGAGAAACAGGGGAAAAUGUCCUUCAUGUUCGUAAUGCUGACACCCAAGACAAAAUACUGCAAGCCUUGCAUCUCCAGUUUGGCAAACAAUAUCCUUGUUCAAAGAUAUAUGGAGAUGGAAAUGCUGUUCCAAGAAUCCUAAAGUUCCUCAAGUCUAUUGACCUUGGAGAACCCCUACAGAAGAAAUUCUGCUUCCCUCCUGUCAAGGAAAACAUCUCCCAAGAUAUUGACCAUAUCUUGGAAACCCAGAGUGCGUUGGCAGUGGAUCUGGGUGGAACAAACCUCCGGGUAGCAAUAGUCAGCAUGAAGGGUGAAAUAGUUAAGAAAUAUAGCCAACUGAACCCCAAAACCUAUGAGGACAGAAUAAAAUUGAUCCUUAAGAUGUGUGUAGAGGCUGCCUCAGAAGCAGUAAAUCUGAAUUGCAGAAUUCUGGGUGUGGGCAUUUCUACAGGUGGCCGAGUCAAUCCCCGAGAAGGUGUUGUUCUUCAUUCCACAAAACUUAUUCAGGAAUGGAGCGCUGUUGAUCUGCGAACUCCGAUAUCGGACACCCUGCACCUGCCAGUAUGGGUGGACAAUGAUGGCAACUGUGCUGCUUUGGCAGAGAGAAAAUUUGGACAUGGAAAAGGAGUGGAAAACUUUGUAACACUCAUCACUGGGACAGGUAUCGGUGGAGGAAUCAUUCACCAAAAUGAAUUGAUCCACGGAAGUUCUUUUUGUGCUGCUGAACUUGGGCAUAUCAUGGUAGCUUUGGAUGGUCCUGAAUGUCUUUGUGGGAGCCAUGGCUGUAUAGAGGCAUAUGCUUCCGGAAUAGCCUUGCAGAGAGAAGCUAAAAAAUUGCAUGAUGAGGAUUCAUUGUUCGUGGAAGGGAUGUCUGUAAAGAAGGAAGAGACAGUAACUGCUGCACAUCUCAUUCAGGCAGCUAAACUGGGAAAUCCGAAAGCCGACCACAUCAUUAGAACAGCGGGAACUGCUCUGGGCCUUGGAGUUGUGAACAUUCUGCACACCAUUAAUCCCUCGCUUGUGAUCCUUUCUGGAGUCUUGGCAAGUCACUACGUCGGUGUGGUCAAAGAUAUGAUCCAUCAGCGGGCCUUGUUCUCUGUGCAGACAGUGGACGUGGUUGUCUCAGACCUGGUGGAUCCUGCCUUGCUUGGGGCUGCUAGCAUGGUCCUAGAUUAUACUACACGCAGGAUAUAUUAGGCAAGAUGGGAGAUUUAACGCAGCUUUGUUGGCACUUCGGGAAGAGCAGUUUCCUACAAAACAUGAGCUGUCUUUUUCAUAUUAAAAGGAAAUGGAUUUUUAGGCAAGGUAGCAAAUACUUCAAUGCCUUAACACUUUUAUCUGAUUUUUAAAAAUGAACUAUUCCCUUCUCAUGUUCAUCUCUGCACCUCAUGACCUGAGGUGUGAAUAAAUGCUUCAGAGGUAAUUCAGUAUGCCUUUUAUGGAUUAAGUGUGCCAUACUAAGCAAUUCCUGGUGGAUGCUGGGAUUCUACACCUUUAAAACUAAAGAUGAUCCACACGAACUUGCUUUCUUUUAUAUAUGGGUUUUCCAGUCAUUGCAACAGGAGGAAAUUAUCUAAACAAGUAAUGAACCCUCUCUUGUAAAUGUGUGCAACAAUUCCUUCCUCUAUGGAGACCAAAACAGGAAGCUGUAAUCAAGCGGAGGUUAGUAUUAGACUAUAUUAACACAGAGAUUAUCCAGUUAUUUAUUGCUGAAGUAAAAUAAGAACCCUAAUUUGGAAGAAGAGUCUAGCAACAUGUGGUGCACUUAUGAAGGUCGCUUCCAAGAGCUUAUUAGAACAAGAUGAAGAAGAAGGUGGACUGAAUUGUCAGUCUGCCUCAGUCAUCUGUAUUUUUUUUAAUUAUCUUCUGAUUUGGAGAUAAGGACACGUUCUUACCUAGUUUUUUUCGAGCAAGUCCUCAGUGGGUUUAUUUUUGCUUAUAGAGACUGUUUUAUGUUUCAUUUGUAGUUGUUUUCAUCUUUUUUCAUUGUCUGCAGUGAAAUAGAAGUGGUUGUAUUCAUCUGCAUUGAUCCAGACUGCCAGAGAAGUCUUGGCUUAUAUACAUGUACGUGAAAACUCACACUUAAACUGUCCUUCAGAGGCAGUGCAGGUUUUAGCAGCCGAUACGCAAAACUUGCCAGCAGAGAGAGCCACACAUUCCAUGAAGGCAGGCCUCUCUGCUAGGUCCUCCAGUGUUGGUCUGAGCAGCUGGUACAUGGUUACAUGAACAAAAUUUGAAAAGAAUAAGAUGGGAAGCCAUUAGUGAUAAUCACCUAUGAGGAGACUGGUUAAAAAAAGUGAAGUGUUUCAUCUCAAUGUCCUCAAAGCUGACAUGAUUCCAACUAGCAGUCCUCCCAAAUAUUCAUGAUAAAAAUAUGAUACACACACACACAAUUGUGUGCAGGAAGGAAUAUAUUCUAGACUGUAAAAACAAUUCCAUAUGAUAAUAUAUAUCUUCCUGUUGGAUUUUAUCUGUAAUGUACAAACUUAGAGCAGCCAGUUUUCAUUUUCUUUUUGGAUUUUCUGGGCUAGAGUGCUGCAUGUACACACCAACAGAAAUCUAACAGGUUAAUGCUGUUAUCUUUUCAGAAUGUUUCCAGUUGUCUUCCUCUCAUAAUUUUGUCUGCCACAAUGGGGUUUGGGGGUGGGGGGGGAAGGAACUCUUAAUAGAUCUGUCUUGAAUUGUGUCUGUCUGGGAUAACUUAAUGAGAACUAGGUACCAUGUCUGCCAAUGUUAUUUUUGAGUUUGUGGCUAAAAUUUCUACAUCUUUCUCAUUCCGGUCCAAAUAUCCAUGAGUGGAAAAGAAGGCUUCACCACCCAUUGUUUUGCUUGCAAAGCCCCCUGAUCCAAGGUAUGACUGGAGGUAACAGAGGCUGUGCUGGCCUUCUGUUAGGUUGAAAGGGGAAAGGCUUGAAAGAGCCUGGAUGCUGGGUCUGGGUCCGUAUCUCCACCCCCCACCCCAGGUAUGGCUAACAGGUAUGGCUCUACUUCUGUGGAAAAACUAUUAGCACAUUCGCAGGAGUAAGAGAGAUUUCAUUCCAUCCAACCAUCUUUUUGUGUGAGAUAUUUUUUUCCAUAUCACGUUUACACACUGUUUGGCAAUAUGGUCUUCUUUAUUCUCUUCUUGUCUUUCUGCAUUCUCUGGAAUAAAAGUGUAACUUUAAGCAGAGUCACACACACACACACACACACACCCCUUCUAAGCCCAUUUACUAACGUAGUUCUCUUUAGAAUUGCAGUGUAAACCAGGUUAGAAAAGUAGUCUUCAUAAAUUCUUCAAACAAACAAGCAUUCUCCGCUGUCUUUGCUACUCCCCUUUUAGCAGUACUAGAAGUUUAAAAAGUGUUCCUCAUUUAUGCCCAGAGCUGUGUCAGUCCCUCCCCCUAAACAGCAUCCAAGUGCAGCAACCCAUACUUGGAAGUUCAUUAACUUAACCAGCUUAUUUCUAGGCUUAUUUAUGCUCGUAAGAAUAUAAGGGAUUCCGUUUCUAUGCACUUUUUAGUCCCCACUUCACAAGUACUAUCCUGCUUAUAGAAUGAUCCUCCAUGUAAGCAAUUUUUUCUUUUCUAUUUGUUUUGACAAGCCUCCAGAUUUUCUUCUCUGAUCUCAUUUAAAUUUUUUUCGUAUUCUCCUUACUGCUUUCGAGUUCCGUUUCUCGUUCCCUGGGGGCUUUGUGGAGUUCUGGCUUUUGGAAAUCUUACCACCAUACUGUGUCAAUGAAUGUACUGUGCCAGUGGCUGGGGACUAGAAUAAUUCAAGGCUUAUUUGGGUUUCAUUGCCCAUGUUUUUAAUUCCAGCUCUGUAACUUUUUCCAUUCAGUUUUUCUUCCAGACGCCUGUCUCUUUCCUCCAGCUUUUUAUUUCUUUCCGCCCGUGGCAAAAUUUGUAUCCUUUUCUUUUAAUCGCUCUUCUGAGUUUGUUUGACCUCUGCCCCAUACUUUCCCCCUGCUUAAUUUCUUUCUUCAAAGAACGAACUCAGUUUUUUAAUGUUAAAGUUUAAUUUUUCAACAUCAGUAUGCAGACUGCUAAUUUAGAAUACUGUAGAAAAACAAAACCAACAUUAGCACCCCUUUCCCCCAUCCACCUGGCAUGAAGUAAAAAGAAAUGGAAACCUGGACAGAGAAGAAGGCAGGUACUAGAACGAAGACUGUCAUGACAUACAGAGAAUUCCUAAAAGGAAACGACUCAAAGAAACGUGAUGCUUAUUUCAUAACAUUUGAAAAUAGUUGUAAUGUGAAUGUUGUAAUAGUUUUUUAAAUAAAGGUAUGCUAGUUGAGUCUUAUGAUUUGUACACUGUUUAUCAGCAUCAAAGUUAAGAGUUAAUUGUAAGCUCCACUGAAAUGCUCCGCUAUUUUUCUGGCCAUAACCUUUCUGGUAUCUGAGAAUUUAAUAAAGGGAAACCCGUGUUCAAGGUUCCCAUCUCAAGUCCGUCUGUCAACCUUGUCCAGCAACAUUGUGAGCCAUACUAUUAAAAACAACUUCUGAAUUGAA